CACACCCUGCCCUCCCCCAGGUCCUCCUCCAGCAGAGCCCCAAUUCCCUGCCCUGUGACCGUCCGGAGCCAAGCCGGCGGCAGAGCAGCCAUGGCAGAGGAACAGACCGAGCUGGAGGAGAGGAUCAUCAUCAAGGACCAGCUCACCAAGGAGAUUGACCUGGUGAACAGAGACCCAAAGCGAAUAAACGAGGACGUUGUAAAGGUGGACUUUGAGGAUGUGAUAGCUGAGCCUGUGGGAACAUACAGCUUUGACGGUGUCUGGAAAACCAGCUACACCACCUUCACCGUCAGCAAGUACUGGUGCUACCGGCUGCUCUCUGCCAUCCUGGGCAUCCCGCUGGCAGUCAUCUGGGGCUUCCUCUUUGCCCUCAUCUCCUUCUGCCACAUCUGGGCAGUGGUGCCCUGCAUCAAGAGCUACCUGAUAGAGAUCCAGUGCGUCAGCCGAAUCUACUCCCUCUGCAUCCACACCUUCUGCGACCCGCUCUUCGAGGCACUCUCCAAGAUCUGCAGCAACAUCAGAGUCGCUCUCCGCAAGGAGAUCUAGGUCCCUACGGCCACCCCAACCAGCCCUCGCACAACCACCCCUCUGCGCAGGUUUCCCUGGCUCCUGCAGCGUGCCCUGCCCUCGGGCACACGGACACCCGCCCCAGAGACCUGCGCGGUGCGGCAGGGCUCUGCAGCAGUGCUGGCUGCCGGGGAUGCUCCCUGCAGAUGGAGGCACGCCGGGCUGCCCCUUCCUCCAUCCCAAAGCCAGCAGCUUUAGGAGAAGAGAAGCCCAUCGAGGCUCAGCGAGCAGCCCAGGCAGAGCCCUCUGCCCUCCAAGGACCCCCAGCAUCAUGCCCUGCUCCUGCGGGAGGGACUGCAGCAUCUCCUGAACCACAGCCCUGGGCCACGACCUGCAGCUGCAGAGUGAGAAGCGAGGGCGCAGAGAUGCUGCUGGACAACAGACCAAACCCUGCCUGCUUCUCCAUCCCUUCGGUCUAGCAUGACACUGAGAGAAAUACUCGCAUAUGAAUUAUUAUUUGCUGCAAAUAAUUGUUGUUGUGGAAGCUUCUGUAUUAAAUCACGCUGCACAAAAGUUUUAUGGAUAGAAUAGUGAAAACAAACUUUUUUUUCAUAUCCGUUUGCAUUUCAGCAAAGCUUUGAAAUCCAGAUCAAUUAGUGCAUGAAACGUUGUGCCUGCCUUCUGGGAGUAUGUGCUGAGCCUGGGCCACAGGCAGCUGCAAACCCAUUUGUGGCAGUUUGACACUCACUACUCAAUUAUGGGGCAUCGUUAUGCUUUGUGGUCAGGAUUCAACAGGCAGUACGGCAUAGGCGGGCGGCUGUCCUGCGCAUCGCCCGCGAGCGCGCUGGGGCUGCAGAGAGGGCAGCCGGGCAGCACCAUGGGGAGCAACGAGAACAAACGGCUUUUGGUAACGUCACUUGAGAAAUGAUAAGCUUGGCUCUCAGUCAAGCUUUGGCUUGUUUCUCAGGGAGAAUAUUUACUACGUGCUUGCUUCUUUGAUGCUGAGUAAGCUCUAGCCUACAGCAAUGCAUUUAUCUUACACGGCGAGGGCUGUCCCUCUGCUCCGUGCCCUGCCCUGCUUUAGCUGCUGUCCUGGCGCUGGGACGGAGCGACCGAGGCUGCGGGGGGGCAGGACCACGCCGACCCCUCGGGAGGAGACCCGCAUCCGACGUGCUGCCUUGCACCCUUCCCUCCAGCCGGUCCCCUCCCAAAGCAUCCCGCGGGGCUCGCCCAGAUGUGCGGGGGGGAGCGGAGGAGGGAGCGUCCUCAGGACACUGCCCGCUCCCAGCCGCUCCGGCUCCAGUGAAAACACAGGGACCGGGGGAAAAAAAGUCCAAUUCGGAGCUAUUUCCUCCCCUGUGUUGUCAAUUGAUUUGUUUAGUCCAUCUUCCAUGAAGCCGUACUUUAACUUUGAGGCACUUAAAUGCUUUUUUGGCUCUGGCCUUAAGUGCUUUGCUGAAUCAGGGCCCAGGAGGUCUCGUUGUUCAGAGGUUAUUCUCAAUUGUAUUCAUGUGCUUUUUUCCCUCGGCUUCCAACAAAGACUUGGAGCCGAAAUCUCUUCUAGUGCCAUGCCAAGGACAAGAAAGAGCCAGAUUUUCUAUUGGUGUUCUUCCAAUGGCUUGGGAUUGUGGACUCCCAUUAUUCCAUAGCAAUACAGCACCCAUGCUCUAGCAACUCCCAGCCUCGAGAUGGAUGAAGCGAUACAAAAAAAAAAAAAGAUAUUUAGGUAUUUGUAGGGGAAAAAAGUCUCCAAAAACACUUUAUCAUGA